GCUCCCUUCACUCUUCACUCUAUCUCCUAUCCUCGUUACCUUUUCUCUCUUUUCUUAUCAUGGAUCCUUACAAGAAUCGUCCUUCAAGUGCCUUUAAUUCCCCAUUCUGGACCACCAAUUCUGGGGCUCCAGUUUGGAACAAUAACUCAUCACUCACAGUUGGAGCAAGAGGUCCAAUUCUCCUUGAAGAUUAUCAUUUGGUGGAAAAGCUUGCUAAUUUUGAUAGAGAACGCAUUCCAGAACGUGUUGUUCAUGCUAGAGGAGCUAGUGCAAAAGGGUUCUUUGAGGUCACUCAUGAUAUAUCUCAUCUCACAUGCGCUGAUUUCCUUCGAGCCCCAGGAGUCCAGACCCCAGUCAUUGUUAGAUUUUCCACUGUUAUCCAUGAACGUGGUAGUCCUGAAACUUUGAGAGACCCUCGAGGUUUUGCUGUGAAAUUUUACACCAGAGAGGGUAAUUUUGAUCUAGUGGGGAACAAUUUCCCUGUGUUUUUUGUCCGUGAUGGAAUGAAGUUCCCUGAUAUGGUCCAUGCUCUAAAACCGAACCCAAAGUCCCACAUUCAGGAAAAUUGGAGGAUUCUGGACUUCUUCUCGCACCACCCAGAAAGCUUGCACAUGUUCACCUUCCUCUUUGAUGAUAUAGGUGUUCCACAGGAUUAUAGACACAUGGAUGGCUCUGGUGUUCAUACCUUUACUCUAAUCAACAAGGCCGGGAAGGCACAGUAUGUGAAAUUCCACUGGAAACCCACUUGUGGUGUAAAAAAUCUGCUGGAGGAUGAGGCCAUAAGAGUUGGUGGAGCUAAUCACAGUCAUGCCACACAAGAUCUCUAUAACUCGAUUGCAGCGGGAAACUACCCUGAGUGGAAGCUCUUCAUUCAGAUAAUGGAUCCUGUUCACGAGGACAGGUUUGAUUUUGACCCACUUGAUGUAACCAAGACCUGGCCAGAGGACACCUUCCCAUUGCACCCAGUGGGUCGAAUGGUGUUAAACAAAAACAUUGAUAACUUCUUUGCUGAGAACGAGCAGUUAGCCUUCUGUCCUUCUAUCAUUGUCCCGGGUAUAUAUUAUUCAGAUGAUAAGUUGCUCCAAACUAGAAUCUUCUCGUAUUCCGACACUCAGAGGCACCGCCUUGGACCGAAUUAUCUGCAGCUUCCAGCGAAUGCUCCAAAAUGUACUCAUCACAAUAAUCACCAUGAAGGUUUUAUGAAUUUCAUGCAUAGAGACGAGGAGGUGAACUACUUCCCUUCGAGGUUUGAUCCUGUGCGCCAUGCUGAGAAGUACCCUAUUCCUACUGCCAUUUGCAACGGCAAGAGAGAGAAGUGCAUCAUUGAGAAGGAGAACAACUUUAAGCAGCCUGGGGAAAGAUACCGAUCCUUUACACCUGACAGGCAAGAACGCUUUAUUAAACGCUGGAUUGAGGCCUUGUCUGAUCCAAGAGUCACAUAUGAGAUCCGCAGCAUUUGGAUCUCAUACUGGUCGCAGGCUGACAAAUCUUUGGGUCAGAAGCUUGCUUCUCGCCUCAGUGUCAGACCAAGCUAUUGAUGGAGUCCCAAGAUUAAUUUUCAGAUGGGGCCAGGGAAUUCCUUGUGCUGAGAGAAGUCACAAGCAUUUGCAAGUAGUGAACUAGUUAAACAGUGGAUUAUAUGUAUCUCCUGAAUACUUGUGUUCCACACUGAAAUAAAAACAUAAGAUAGCAAUAAUUCUAUGUCUAGGAACGUCUGUAAUAAGAUGAAUUACUAUAAUUUGUUGUAUUAUGUAUAUGUAAGUUUUGGAGGAUUCACAUCAUCUACUUGGUGGCUUUAACGUCAAUUCGCUUUCUAAUUUUUAUGUAUUACCAAUAGAUUUAAUAAUUUAUG